GAUGGCGUUGCUGGUGCUGUGCGCUACGCCAGGGGGUUUGAUCAACGCGAGGGCCGGCCGAGGCGGAGAGGGGCGAAGAAAAAAAGAAAGAAAAAAAGGCGAUGGUGGUUGAUGGAUGGGGAAUUUUUUCUGGGCCGAAUCCGGAUCUGAGUCUGGAUCUGGUAUGAUGCCGGGGAUAGGAUGGAUGUCAAAGUACCUAAACUAGGUAAGAUUUUUUACCGGUCUUGGUCGCAACGUUUCCUCCUUUUUUUUUUCUUUUUUUUCUUCUUUCUUUUCUCUCGUAAAGGUGCAAGAGGGAGAGAGCUGAUGCUGAUGCGUGCUGGGUCGGCUAUAAAUGGGAUGGUAGUAAUGUACGUGAGGAAUCGUCCAAAUGUCGUCAACGAGAGGACGAGGAAACAUCCCGAGGAUCGCUCGGCCAAAUUGUUAGUUGACUCAUGCUCCCCUCUCCCCCCGGGGCGUCGGCAUACGGUGCACUUUUCAGAUGCGAGUCGGCCCAGCCCGACGCGGCGGCGGUUGGUGGGGCGUAGAUUAUCUAAGCCGUUCUCGCUCACGCGAAGCUCGUCCAUCACCAUUGGCCAAUGCCAUGAUUGCGAAGGUAGGUAGGUCCCUGGGUAGGUAACUACCGUAGGGCGAUUACUGACGCUGACAAACACUCCCGCGCGGCCCCGUUUCCUUUUCCUUAUGUAAACUACCUCUUUUUGACUUUGAUGGUUCUCAGCGGCUACUGCAUCGUACCACUAUCCCCUUAAGAGGGUCUUAGGUGGCCCGGCUUCUUGUUCUUCUUCUG